UAUAAUAUUUAUAAUCGGUGUACUUUGCUGGGCUCUUGGAUGUAUCUAGUGAUUUAUUUUUGUGUGAUUUAGAUCUGACUCUUUUAAAUAAAUGAAAGUGAGAACGCAGAACCAAAUAAGCGUUUUUCAGUGAGUGUGCAUUAUCAACUGCAGUAAUGACAGGAGUCAAAAUAUAUUUCAUUAAAAAACCGUAACGAGAAAAAAUGGGACGCGAGAUUCUACUUUUUGGGAUAUUAUGCUUUUCACUACGCGUCGUAUACGGAUGUCAACUACAAGGUGUGGCCCCGGGCCUCGCGCGUGUGAUUGUGAACAUAUGGGACUACGAGAGAGGAGACGUGUAUGAAAAUCAAGUAAUCUCUAUAACAGACGUCGUUAACAUCGUGCAGUCAGGCGUCAACUCCGGGCCGUACAUCAGUGGCCGACUUGAAGGAACAACAUUCUACUUAACGACAACUGCCAGCUAUGAAUUAUAUGAGAAUGUCGAAACUUUGGAUACUUUCGCAUUGACCGCCCAGUUCCGCUGUUUAGAUGGAACUACUAUAACCCAAGUUUUCCAAGUAAACGUCCAAGAUACAAAUAACCAUAGUCCAGAGUUUUUACCAACCGGUGAAUAUGAUAUUGCAAUCGCAACACCACUACUACCUGGACACCAAAUAACUGGAUGUCAGCACAACAUAGUUGUGAGGGACAUAGAUCUCACAACCUACAGAAUAGACUUUGGAUUGACUGGAAGCGAUCUGUUUGAAAUUGAAUACGAUGAAGCAUCUUCAACUACUGCUAAGGAGUUUGUAGCUGUACUGAGGACAACCACAUUCAUAAGAACACUAUCUGAAACUGUGGAACUGACUAUUAGUGCUACGGAUGUAGACGAAACUGGAAAUGACCCAAGAACAACCUACGCUACAGUCAGAAUAACAGCUGACAGCGAUGCCGAAUUACCUGAAGAGCCUGUAUUUUCCCAGCCUUUGUAUACAGCCACUUAUACUGAAAAUGACAACAUUGUCCUUGAUGAUAUAAUCGCUCUUCAACAGGGAUACAAUGAGCAAGUGGAAUUUAGCUUAAAUGAAGAAUACCGUUUAUAUUUCGGUAUAAUCAGAAAUGGAAAUGUCCUGAGCCUCAACGUGACAAACCCGCUAUCAGAAGACAUUUUGACAAGACAUCAGAUCUACCUUGUCAUAAGAGCGGAUCGUGAAUUCACGAGUGGAGCAACUGCCACGAUUGUGGUACAAUUACCUGAUGAAAUCCAUCUCCAAUUUGAGCGAUCUAUUUACGAAGGCAUUAUUGAAGACAAUACAUUGGAUUUGCCUAAUAUCAUAUUGUCCGAAGGAUACAAAGACACAUCAGUGUCUAUAAGUGUUUCUAAUGAAUAUUUUUCGGCUGAUAUACAAGGAAAUGAGAUCACUCUGACUAUGGAGCCGUUGUCUCAAGUAAUUAUUGAUGAAAAUACGUACCUUAACUUAGAACUGGUUGCAAGAACAGAUCGUAGUGUAGCUACAGCCAUGGUCACCCUGGAGAUAAUAAAAAAUGAUUCCACAACACCACUUUUUCAAAAUCCAGUCUAUAUCGGAUCUUAUAACAUAGACGACAAUGUAAUUUUGGAUCCAAUUGAAAUAAUACAGGGCUUCGAUGACACUGUCGUCGUAGAACUCGAUGGAGAACACUCUGGUCAUUUUGAACUAAUCAGAAACGGAGCUAUUUCUAAACUGUCAGUGAGGGAUACAUUACCACUCGAAGUACUUGGAGAGCAAACUAUAAUUUUGACGAUUCAUGCUACGAAAUUUAGAACCAUUGGCGCUGCAGCUUCCAUUUACAUAACAUUACCUGAAGAAAUAAAGCUGGAAUUCGAACGAGGGAGUUAUGAAGGAACUAUUGCGGACAAUACAUUGGAACUACCCAGUAUUAUAUUAACACAAGGCUACGAAAAUUAUGAAGUUUUCGUCGAUGUAUUAAAUGAAUUCUUCGCUGCUUCCAUUCAAAACAACAACCUAAUAACAUUAACUAUGAUGGAACAACUAGCUGAAGAUGUAAUUAAAGCAAACUCAUUCUUAAAUCUAGUAGUGACUGCUACCACCUCGCGGAGUUCCGCUUCCACGAUAGUCACAUUGGAAAUCAUCAAAAACGAUACUACCACGCCUCAAUUUCACAGUGCCCUAUAUUCAGGGACAUAUUCUACAAGCGGCGAAUUAAUUCUAGAUCAAAUUCAUAUAGUUCAGGGUUAUGAUGAAAGUGUAGAAGUUACGCUUGACGGAGAACACGUGAGCCUAUUCCAGUUGAUAAGAAACGAAGCAUCAUCAACAGUCACAGUGGAUGCAAUUCCCCCGGCCAUAUUCCGUGAGAGGAAUAUAGCGCUGACUGUGACGGCGACCAAGCCCCGAACCGUAGGCGCCACGGCAGUCAUUAACAUCGCCUUACCAACAGAUAGAUUACUUGAAUUCGAAGAAAUAAACUACAAAGGAUCAUAUCAAAAUGGUAAUCUAACCGUUGAAUCUCUCGUCCUUAUUACUGGUUAUGAUGGGACGGUGGAUUUCAAUAUUGAUGGAGAACACAAGCAGUACUUUGAAGUAUCAAACAAUUUAUACCAAGUAUCGAUAGAAAUGAUCGAACCACUUCCUAACUCUGUGGUUUUGGAGAAUAGUUUUCUGCAACUGGUUGUUAUAGCAUCAGGAAUAAAUGCUUUGCCUGCAACAGCUUCUCUCACGAUAGAAAUAAUAAAGGACGACGUGUCUACCCCGCUUUUCGGCCAAAAUAUUUAUUCCAUAGCUUAUGAUAGCGAAAACAUUGAAUUGAAUAAUAUUAAUAUAAUACAAGGAUUCGAUAGCACUGUGUCUUUUCGACUUGAUGGAGAUGACUCAAGAUACUUCAGUCUCAGUGAAGUAAGUAACGGAGUGACCUUGUCACUACAAGAAGAUAUUCCGGAAGAUGUCAUAUUCAAUAAGAAAACUUUGAUUUUCUCUGUACUCGCAGAAAAGCCACUUACUGUAGGAUCACACACUACCAUUGUGAUUACAUUCCCUCCCGAACUGACUAAUAUCGCUGUUAUGAGAUUUUCACAGAACACUUAUAUUGGCUCACUGGAUGGAGGAGUAUUGAAUCUAAAUCCAAUAAUCCUUGGCACAGGCUACAAACAAGACACAGAAUUUUUAUUGACUGGAGAUUAUUAUUCCUAUUUCACGUUAUACGAUACAAAUGAAGUUGUGACCAUAACUACAUCGGAUUUAACAUUACCUCAAGAAGUUGUUGAAAACAAUAAGUUUAUUGUAUUGGAAGUAGAGGCGCGGAGAGAAAGGGCUGAAUCAGUGUUCACCUCAGUGGUCAUAGAAAUAAUUCACGAAGUUGAAACUGUUGAAACUCCCAUAUUCAAUGCAGCUUAUUAUAGAGGAAAUUACAAUUUAGAGGAAGGCCUUCAAUUUACUGAUCCUAUACACCUUGUCCAAGGAUACGAUUAUAGUGUCUCAUUUGAUUUACAAGGAGAUUAUUCGGAACAUUUCUCAGUAUCGGAUGACAAAAACGUAAUUACUUUAUCUGCAAAUGACGUUCCUGUAAAUGUGUGGGAAAACAACCAUCAACUAAUCUUAACGAUUGUAGCAAGCAAACCUGAAGUAAUAAACGUCACAUCUGCUUUAGUUAUUGAUAUGUCAAAAGAUAUAUAUCAUAAUGUAACCGUGCUUGAAUUCGAAAGAACAAGUUACAUUGGCUCCAUUGAAAAUGACAUUGUUACCAUCCAGCCGAUUACUCUGACUGAAGGAUACACAGAAGAUGUUGUCUUUACACUGAUAGGAGAUCUUGAAAGCUUCUUUGCAUACACGCGAGAUGAGGCAACAAUCAUCUUAAGAUUAGAUGGCACUAUUCCUGAAGAAUCGAUACCUACUAAUAGAAUCAUCGUGCUCGGAAUACAGGCUUCCACACCCACUGACUCGUUGCCUGCUGUCACGACAGUCAUCCUUGAAGUCAUUAAAGAUGAUACGUCUCCAGAGGUUGAAAAUCUAGUAUUUGCACAAACUUACUAUGUAGGAACUUACAACGCAACUACCGGCGUCGCUCUAGAAAACCCUAUUUCGCUAUCAGAAGGAUUCAACGACACCGUGCAGUUUAAUCUGGAUGGUGACAGUUCAACUUACUUUUCAAUUGCUCAAGAUGAAAACUCAGUUACUCUGACUGUUCGAGAGACGAUUCCACCAGCGGUGAUCGCUAACAAUAAUCAGUUGAUAUUCGUAAUCAACGCUCAGUCCGCGAAUGGGGCCACCGCGCAGGCCACUGUGGUUAUAUUGCUGCCCAACGAGGUUGAUGAGGACAUGCCCGUUCUUGGAUUCGAAAGGACCAGUUACGUUGGGUCCAUUGAAAAUGACAUUGUUACCAUCCAGCCGAUUACUCUGACUGAAGGAUACACAGAAGAUGUUGUCUUUACACUGAUAGGAGAUCUUGAAAGCUUUUUUGCAUACACGCGAGAUGAGGCAACAAUCAUCUUAAGAUUAGAUGACACUAUUCCUGAAGAAUCGAUACCUACUAAUGGAAUCAUCGUGCUCGGAAUACAGGCUUCCACACCCACUGACUCGUUGCCUGCUGUCACGACAGUCAUCCUUGAAGUCAUUAGAGACGAUAAAUCUACAGAGGUUGAAAAUCUAGUAUUUGCACAAACUUACUAUGUAGGAACUUACAACGCAACUACCGGCGUCGCUCUAGAAAAUCCUAUUUCGCUAUCAGAAGGAUUCAACGACACCGUGCAGUUUAAUCUGGAUGGUGACAGUUCAACUUACUUUUCAAUUGCUCAAGAUGAAAACUCAGUUACUCUGACUGUUCGAGAGACGAUUCCACCAGCGGUGAUCGCUAACAAUAAUCAGUUGAUAUUCGUAAUCAACGCUCAGUCCGCGAAUGGGGCCUCCGCGCAGGCCACUGUGGUUAUAUUGCUGCCUAACGAGGUCGAUGAGGACAUGCCCGUUCUUGGAUUCGAAAGGACCAGUUACGUUGGGUCCAUUGAAAAUGACAUUGUUACCAUCCAGCCGAUUACUCUGACUGAAGGAUACACAGAAGAUGUUAUCUUUACACUGAUAGGAGAUCUUGAAAGCUUUUUUGCAUACACGCGAGAUGAGGCAACAAUCAUCUUAAGAUUAGAUGGCACUAUUCCUGAAGAAUCGAUACCUACUAAUGGAAUCAUCGUGCUCGGAGUACAGGCUUCCACGCCCACUGACUCGUUGCCUGCUGUCACGACAGUCGUCCUUGAAGUCAUUAGAGACGAUAAAUCUACAGAGGUUGAAAAUCUAGUAUUUGCACAAACUUACUAUGUAGGAACUUACAACGCAACUACCGGCGUCGCUCUAGAAAAUCCUAUUUCGCUAUCAGAAGGAUUCAACGACACCGUGCAGUUUAAUCUGGAUGGUGACAGUUCAACUUACUUUUCAAUUGCUCAAGACGAAAACUCAGUUACUCUGACUGUUCGAGAGACGAUUCCACCAGCGGUGAUCGCUAACAAUAAUCAGUUGAUAUUCGUAAUCAACGCUCAGUCCGCGAAUGGGGCCACCGCGCAGGCUACUGUGGUUAUAUUGCUGCCCAACGAGGUUGAUGAGGACAUGCCCGUUCUUGGAUUCGAAAGGACCAGUUACGUUGGGUCCAUUGAAAAUGACAUUGUUACCAUCCAACCGAUUACUCUGACUGAAGGAUACACAGAAGAUGUUGUCUUUACACUGAUAGGAGAUCUUAAAAGCUUUUUUGCAUACACGCGAGAUGAGGCAACAAUCAUCUUAAGAUUAGAUGACACUAUUCCUGAAGAAUCGAUACCUACUAAUGGAAUCAUCGUGCUCGGAGUACAGGCUUCCACACCCACUGACUCGUUGCCUGCUGUCACGACAAUCAUCCUUGAAGUCAUUAGAGACGAUAAAUCUACAGAGGUUGAAAAUCUAGUAUUUGCACAAACUUACUAUGUAGGAACUUACAACGCAACUACCGGCGUCGCUCUAGAAAAUCCUAUUUCGCUAUCAGAAGGUUUCAACGACACCGUGCAGUUUAAUCUGGAUGGUGACAGUUCAACUUACUUUUCAAUUGCUCAAGAUGAAAACUCAGUUACUCUGACUGUUCGAGAGACGAUUCCACCAGCGGUGAUCGCUAACAAUAAUCAGUUGAUAUUCGUAAUCAACGCUCAGUCCGCGAAUGGGGCCACCGCGCAGGCCACUGUGGUUAUAUUGCUGCCCAACGAGGUUGAUGAGGACAUGCCCGUUCUUGGAUUCGAAAGGACCAGUUACGUUGGGUCCAUUGAAAAUGACAUUGUUACCAUCCAGCCGAUUACUCUGACUGAAGGAUACACAGAAGAUGUUAUCUUUACACUGAUAGGAGAUCUUGAAAGCUUUUUUGCAUACACGCGAGAUGAGGCAACAAUCAUCUUAAGAUUAGAUGACACUAUUCCUGAAGAAUCGAUACCUACUAACGGAAUCAUCGUGCUCGGAAUACAGGCUUCCACACCCACUGACUCGUUGCCUGCUGUCACGACAGUCAUCCUUGAAGUCAUUAGAGACGAUAAAUCUACAGAGGUUGAAAAUCUAGUAUUUGCACAAACUUACUAUGUAGGAACUUACAACGCAACUACCGGCGUCGCUCUAGAAAAUCCUAUUUCGCUAUCAGAAGGAUUCAACGACACCGUGCAGUUUAAUCUGGAUGGUGACAGUUCAACUUACUUUUCAAUUGCUCAAGAUGAAAACUCAGUUACUCUGACUGUUCGAGAGACGAUUCCACCAGCGGUGAUCGCUAACAAUAAUCAGUUGAUAUUCGUAAUCAACGCUCAGUCCGCGAAUGGGGCCUCCGCGCAGGCCACUGUGGUUAUAUUGCUGCCUAACGAGGUCGAUGAGGACAUGCCCGUUCUUGGAUUCGAAAGGACCAGUUACGUUGGGUCCAUUGAAAAUGACAUUGUUACCAUCCAGCCGAUUACUCUGACCGAAGGAUAUACAGAAGAUGUUGUCUUUACACUGAUAGGAGAUCUUGAAAGCUUUUUUGCAUACACGCGAGAUGAGGCAACAAUCAUCUUAAGAUUAGAUGGCACUAUUCCUGAAGAAUCGAUACCUACUAAUGGAAUCAUCGUGCUCGGAGUACAGGCUUCCACGCCCACUGACUCGUUGCCUGCUGUCACGACAGUCGUCCUUGAAGUCAUUAGAGACGAUAAAUCUACAGAGGUUGAAAAUCUAGUAUUUGCACAAACUUACUAUGUAGGAACUUACAACGCAACUACCGGCGUCGCUCUAGAAAAUCCUAUUUCGCUAUCAGAAGGAUUCAACGACACCGUGCAGUUUAAUCUGGAUGGUGACAGUUCAACUUACUUUUCAAUUGCUCAAGACGAAAACUCUGUUACUCUGACUGUUCGAGAGACGAUUCCACCAGCGGUGAUCGCUAACAAUAAUCAGUUGAUAUUCGUAAUCAACGCUCAGUCCGCGAAUGGGGCCACCGCGCAGGCUACUGUGGUUAUAUUGCUGCCCAACGAGGUUGAUGAGGACAUGCCCGUUCUUGGAUUCGAAAGGACCAGUUACGUUGGGUCCAUUGAAAAUGACAUUGUUACCAUCCAACCGAUUACUCUGACUGAAGGAUACACAGAAGAUGUUGUCUUUACACUGAUAGGAGAUCUUAAAAGCUUUUUUGCAUACACGCGAGAUGAGGCAACAAUCAUCUUAAGAUUAGAUGACACUAUUCCUGAAGAAUCGAUACCUACUAAUGGAAUCAUCGUGCUCGGAGUACAGGCUUCCACACCCACUGACUCGUUGCCUGCUGUCACGACAAUCAUCCUUGAAGUCAUUAGAGACGAUAAAUCUACAGAGGUUGAAAAUCUAGUAUUUGCACAAACUUACUAUGUAGGAACUUACAACGCAACUACCGGCGUCGCUCUAGAAAAUCCUAUUUCGCUAUCAGAAGGUUUCAACGACACCGUGCAGUUUAAUCUGGAUGGUGACAGUUCAACUUACUUUUCAAUUGCUCAAGAUGAAAACUCAGUUACUCUGACUGUUCGAGAGACGAUUCCACCAGCGGUGAUCGCUAACAAUAAUCAGUUGAUAUUCGUAAUCAACGCUCAGUCCGCGAAUGGGGCCACCGCGCAGGCCACUGUGGUUAUAUUGCUGCCCAACGAGGUUGAUGAGGACAUGCCCGUUCUUGGAUUCGAAAGGACCAGUUACGUUGGGUCCAUUGAAAAUGACAUUGUUACCAUCCAGCCGAUUACUCUGACUGAAGGAUACACAGAAGAUGUUAUCUUUACACUGAUAGGAGAUCUUGAAAGCUUUUUUGCAUACACGCGAGAUGAGGCAACAAUCAUCUUAAGAUUAGAUGACACUAUUCCUGAAGAAUCGAUACCUACUAACGGAAUCAUCGUGCUCGGAAUACAGGCUUCCACACCCACUGACUCGUUGCCUGCUGUCACGACAGUCAUCCUUGAAGUCAUUAGAGACGAUAAAUCUACAGAGGUUGAAAAUCUAGUAUUUGCACAAACUUACUAUGUAGGAACUUACAACGCAACUACCGGCGUCGCUCUAGAAAAUCCUAUUUCGCUAUCAGAAGGAUUCAACGACACCGUGCAGUUUAAUCUGGAUGGUGACAGUUCAACUUACUUUUCAAUUGCUCAAGAUGAAAACUCAGUUACUCUGACUGUUCGAGAGACGAUUCCACCAGCGGUGAUCGCUAACAAUAAUCAGUUGAUAUUCGUAAUCAACGCUCAGUCCGCGAAUGGGGCCUCCGCGCAGGCCACUGUGGUUAUAUUGCUGCCUAACGAGGUCGAUGAGGACAUGCCCGUUCUUGGAUUCGAAAGGACCAGUUACGUUGGGUCCAUUGAAAAUGACAUUGUUACCAUCCAGCCGAUUACUCUGACCGAAGGAUAUACAGAAGAUGUUGUCUUUACACUGAUAGGAGAUCUUGAAAGCUUUUUUGCAUACACGCGAGAUGAGGCAACAAUCAUCUUAAGAUUAGAUGGCACUAUUCCUGAAGAAUCGAUACCUACUAAUGGAAUCAUCGUGCUCGGAGUACAGGCUUCCACGCCCACUGACUCGUUGCCUGCUGUCACGACAGUCGUCCUUGAAGUCAUUAGAGACGAUAAAUCUACAGAGGUUGAAAAUCUAGUAUUUGCACAAACUUACUAUGUAGGAACUUACAACGCAACUACCGGCGUCGCUCUAGAAAAUCCUAUUUCGCUAUCAGAAGGAUUCAACGACACCGUGCAGUUUAAUCUGGAUGGUGACAGUUCAACUUACUUUUCAAUUGCUCAAGACGAAAACUCAGUUACUCUGACUGUUCGAGAGACGAUUCCACCAGCGGUGAUCGCUAACAAUAAUCAGUUGAUAUUCGUAAUCAACGCUCAGUCCGCGAAUGGGGCCACCGCGCAGGCUACUGUGGUUAUAUUGCUGCCCAACGAGGUUGAUGAGGACAUGCCCGUUCUUGGAUUCGAAAGGACCAGUUACGUUGGGUCCAUUGAAAAUGACAUUGUUACCAUCCAACCGAUUACUCUGACUGAAGGAUACACAGAAGAUGUUGUCUUUACACUGAUAGGAGAUCUUAAAAGCUUUUUUGCAUACACGCGAGAUGAGGCAACAAUCAUCUUAAGAUUAGAUGACACUAUUCCUGAAGAAUCGAUACCUACUAAUGGAAUCAUCGUGCUCGGAGUACAGGCUUCCACACCCACUGACUCGUUGCCUGCUGUCACGACAAUCAUCCUUGAAGUCAUUAGAGACGAUAAAUCUACAGAGGUUGAAAAUCUAGUAUUUGCACAAACUUACUAUGUAGGAACUUACAACGCAACUACCGGCGUCGCUCUAGAAAAUCCUAUUUCGCUAUCAGAAGGUUUCAACGACACCGUGCAGUUUAAUCUGGAUGGUGACAGUUCAACUUACUUUUCAAUUGCUCAAGAUGAAAACUCAGUUACUCUGACUGUUCGAGAGACGAUUCCACCAGCGGUGAUCGCUAACAAUAAUCAGUUGAUAUUCGUAAUCAACGCUCAGUCCGCGAAUGGGGCCACCGCGCAGGCCACUGUGGUUAUAUUGCUGCCCAACGAGGUUGAUGAGGACAUGCCCGUUCUUGGAUUCGAAAGGACCAGUUACGUUGGGUCCAUUGAAAAUGACAUUGUUACCAUCCAGCCGAUUACUCUGACUGAAGGAUACACAGAAGAUGUUAUCUUUACACUGAUAGGAGAUCUUGAAAGCUUUUUUGCAUACACGCGAGAUGAUGCAACAAUCAUCUUAAGAUUAGAUGACACUAUUCCUGAAGAAUCGAUACCUACUAAUGGAAUCAUCGUGCUCGGAAUACAGGCUUCCACACCCACUGACUCGUUGCCUGCUGUCACGACAGUCAUCCUUGAAGUCAUUAGAGACGAUAAAUCUACAGAGGUUGAAAAUCUAGUAUUUGCACAAACUUACUAUGUAGGAACUUACAACGCAACUACCGGCGUCGCUCUAGAAAAUCCUAUUUCGCUAUCAGAAGGAUUCAACGACACCGUGCAGUUUAAUCUGGAUGGUGACAGUUCAACUUACUUUUCAAUUGCUCAAGAUGAAAACUCAGUUACUCUGACUGUUCGAGAGACGAUUCCACCAGCGGUGAUCGCUAACAAUAAUCAGUUGAUAUUCGUAAUCAACGCUCAGUCCGCGAAUGGGGCCUCCGCGCAGGCCACUGUGGUUAUAUUGCUGCCUAACGAGGUCGAUGAGGACAUGCCCGUUCUUGGAUUCGAAAGGACCAGUUACGUUGGGUCCAUUGAAAAUGACAUUGUUACCAUCCAGCCGAUUACUCUGACUGAAGGAUACACAGAUGAUGUUAUCUUUACACUGAUUGGAGAUUUUGUUGUGUUCUUUGAACUUUCUCGCAACGGAGCAACAGUUAAUGUGGAGUUGGAAAACUCAAUUCCUUCAGAUGUGUUACCAGAAAAUGGAAUCAUAAUCCUUGGAAUACAAGCUUCUUUGGAGAAUAUAAUACCUGCAGUUACAACCGUUAUACUUGAAAUUAAGCGCUCAGGCGGAUCCACAGCGAGUUUUAGUAAAGUUCUGUACGAAGGUUCGCUACAUGACCAAGCAGUACAACACGAAACUAUCACUGUCGCAGGCACCGAAGAAACUACCGUCGACAUCAGAGGCGUUUAUGAAGAGCUGUUCAAGGCGAGUCUGUCCGAAGGGGUGGUGACCGUGGAACGAACAGGAUCAGUGACCUUGCCCAGUGACGUCACCCACGUUGCAAUAGAAAUCCAAGUGGGAGAUGCAGCAGCAGUAUUGCUGCUUCAGGUUUUCCACACUGACACGCCGAGUCCACCGCCAUCAGUGACAUUCAGCUCACCAAGCUACGUGAUAAGAGCAGAUAUUCUUCACACAGGAAUCAUAGGAAUUGUUUCCGCCACUGCCGACAAUGGAGAAUCACUUGAUUACACAUUAGAUGUGGAAAAUGCACACCUGGCUGCUCGACUGGCGGUGAACAGCAACGGGGAACUCCUGGUAUCCUCCCCCGUGGACGCUGGAGAGUACUUCUUCCAGGUGGUGGCCACUACACGUAUCACACAGGCUGCCGGCGAGGCAACAGUAUAUUUGUCUAUAGACGUGACUGGCAUCACUCUUCCUCCUUUAAUAGUCUUGGACAGAGAUGAAGAGGUGGCACAUGAGAAUUUAGUAGUUUUCAACGGCACUGACUACGCGGGAUGUUCCUUCACCGUCACCAACCGAUUCCCUAUCAACCAUGACUGGUUAUAUGUAGAUGAAACUGGAUUGCACGCUAGAGUAAUAAACAGAGAAGACCCAUCCAUAGCUUUCAUGGCGCUUUCACAAGUUCAAGUCGAGCUAGAAGUACACUGCAAUACUUUAGCUCGUAAUAAAAGAUCAGUUCGUGAAUCAAGGUUAGACUGGCUUGGACCUUAUGAUUAUGGAACUAGCACUUGGAUACUUGGAGAGUCUAUUGCUCACGAUCCAUCUAGAAGCGUAGUAAAUCUUAUAGUGAAUGACAUCAAUGACAACCCUCCGAUAUUUGUUGGUAAAGAAAAUGAACCAAUCGCUGUAGGUUAUCCAAUUCCUGAACUUGAAGAUGUUGUUCUACCACGUGCAUUGGUACAAUUAGAGGCGACAGAUGCAGAUGUAGGCGAGAACGCAGCCCUAGUGUACUGGAGCGCGGAGCCCGAGCUGGCGGUGUCCCCGAGCUCGGGGUCGGUGCACGUGCGCGAAGUCGUCGCGCUGCGGCACGACCAGCCGCUUGUCGUGCACGCCACCGACCGCCGCGGACAGGGGCUCAGUGGCGCUGUCAAGCUGCUGGUAAAACUAUUGGAUGUAACUGAAAUAGCUGUGGUUACUGUGCGCAAUGCAUUCUUAGAAGAUGAAACAAAUAUUAUCGCAAAUUUGAGCGAAUCAAUAGGACACGAAGUGAGGGUGUUAAGAGCUGUUGUCAUAUCUGAUGACACUGAAGAUAUAAAUGGCUUAAACACAAGACGUAAGAGACAAACAAAUGGUGCAGGAGCAACAUUACAACUAUAUGUUUAUGGACUGAUAGAACGGGAGCCUAUCGCCGCAGAUAUACUUAUAGAAAACAUAAAUAGCAACGCAACAGGAGUGGUUAGCAUAGCGGACACUAUAUCACUAGAAGAUCAUCUAGAGGCUCGCCAGAUACAUUCGGGACGUGAUAUAGGCUUGUUAGUGGCUACAAUAGUGCUCAGCGUCCUGCUCUUUAUUCUGAUUGUAGCUAUUCUUGUAUGGCUCUUCCUUAAAUGGAGAAAAGCAAGAAAAAAUGAAGAAUUCAGUGACGAAAAUAGUUUGGAAUCACGGAAUGAGUCAAUCGUGCAACCUGAAAAGGACGAUUUUCGGCCAAAGCCGAGAAUAAAUAUAGAUGAUCUAAAACGAAGCGAGAGGAGACUGCAAGAAAUGAUCGAAGUUCCUUACAACGAACCAGUUAUCCCGGCAACUUCCAAAAAUGAAUCACAAAUUGAAUCUAUCAAUGAUAUUAGUCAACCAGACCCUAAUAUCCUUAUGCCUAUAGUAAUAAAAGAUAAAUUAAAAGAUGCAGUUGAAGACCUAUCAGAUACUGAUGAGUUCGGGGAAGUACGACUUCCGAGACGGAAAUCAGUAGUCACUUUUAAUGAAAAUGUCGAAAAAAUUAUUCACGUGGAUGACAACGUGGAAGGAAGCUCAAUCUCCUCAGAUGUUGAAAUGUUUAGAUUUUAAUUGUAUUAUAUUGUAUAACCAUUAAUACUAUAUUGGACCAAAAGACCUCGUACAUAAUGUGUUUAUUUUGUUUUAUAUUUAAUGUUUAUUUUUAUUAUUUAACUAUCAUUAUAAUAACCACAGACAUAAUAACACUGGUAAUAAUGUGAAGGUAUAAACUUUUAUUAGGUGAAAGUUUUACUUAUAAGCCCUUAAAUAAUAAAACGAAAUAUCCUUUA